AUUGAUGUGGCCAACUCUGUCAGAUUCCACGUCACUCCUCAGUUUAAGGAUCAGGCACCAUAUCAAACACGGAUACAGAGAAACACAGCGAGAGGGAAGGAACUUGGACAAAAAGGAAAUCACAUUUGUAAUCACUGACUGGUGUCUAAAGGGAGGAGGAACUGUCUGGCAUCAUGACAGCAGCAGAGAACGUGUGUUAUACCCUGAUUAAUGUCACUUCUGACGCUGAACCCCCAUCAGAAGUCAGCCUUAAGACAGAUUUAGAAAAGGGGGAGAUAAAAGCAAAGACAGAAGCCUUAAAGAAGGUGAUCAUCAUGAUCCUGAAUGGUGAGAAACUUCCAGGCCUUUUAAUGACCAUUAUCCGCUUCGUGCUCCCACUUCAAGACCACACCAUCAAAAAGCUGCUGCUAGUCUUUUGGGAGAUUGUGCCCAAAACGACCCCUGAUGGCAAACUCCUUCAGGAAAUGAUCCUGGUCUGCGAUGCUUACCGCAAGGAUCUUCAGCAUCCCAAUGAGUUCAUCCGGGGCUCCACACUGCGCUUCCUGUGCAAGCUGAAGGAGGCUGAGCUGCUGGAGCCUCUGAUGCCAGCCAUCCGCGCCUGCCUGGAGCACCGCCACAGCUAUGUGCGUCGCAAUGCCGUUCUCGCCAUCUAUACUAUCUACAGGAACUUUGAACAUUUGAUCCCAGAUGCACCAGAGCUGAUCCAUGAUUUCCUUGUCAAUGAAAAAGAUGCAAGCUGCAAAAGAAAUGCGUUCAUGAUGCUGAUCCAUGCUGACCAGGAUAGAGCUCUUGAUUACCUGAGCACCUGCAUUGAUCAGGUACACACAUUUGGAGACAUUCUGCAGCUGGUCAUUGUUGAACUGAUCUAUAAGGUAUGCCAUGCUAACCCCUCCGAGAGAGCCCGCUUCAUCCGUUGCAUUUACAAUCUGCUCCAGUCCUCCAGCCCUGCUGUGAAAUAUGAAGCAGCUGGCACCCUGGUCACUUUGUCAAGCGCACCCACUGCCAUUAAGGCUGCUGCUCAAUGUUACAUUGACUUGAUCAUUAAGGAAAGUGAUAAUAACGUCAAGCUUAUCGUGCUGGACCGACUAAUUGAGCUGAAGGAACACCCCACUCAUGAGCGUGUUCUCCAGGAUCUGGUUAUGGAUAUCCUGAGAGUCCUGACCACCCCUGACCUUGAGGUGCGGAAGAAGACGCUGCAGCUGGCUCUGGACCUCGUGUCAUCUCGUAAUGUGGAGGAGUUGGUUAUUGUGCUGAAAAAGGAAGUGAUCAAGACCAAUAAUGUAACCGAACAUGAAGACACGGACAAAUACAGACAGCUGUUGGUCCGCACUCUCCACUCCUGCAGCGUGCGCUUCCCUGACAUGGCUGCCAACGUCAUUCCAGUGCUGAUGGAGUUUCUGAGUGACACAAAUGAAGCAGCUGCCGCAGAUGUGCUGGAAUUUGUGCGGGAAGCCAUCCAGAGGUUUGACAACCUCAGACCUCUUAUCAUAGAGAAAAUGCUGGAGGUGUUCCACUCCAUCAAAGCUGUCAAAAUUUUUAGAGGAGCGCUGUGGAUUCUGGGAGAAUACUGCAGCACCAAAGAUGACAUCCAGAGUGUUAUGACUGAAGUACGAAGGUCUCUUGGAGAGAUCCCAAUAGUUGAGAAUGAAAUCAAAAAGGAGGCUGGCGAACUGAAGCCGGAAGAGGAGGUGAGUGCGGCACCUGCUCAGAAACUCGUUACAGAGAUGGGCACCUAUGCCACUCAGAGUGCCCUUAGCUCCUCCAGACCCUCCAAGAAAGAGGAGGACAGACCUCCACUGAGGGGGUUCCUCUUAGAUGGAGAUUUCUACGUCGCUGCAUCUCUUGCCACCACACUCACCAAAGUAGCCCUGCGCUACCUAGUCAUCGUUACAGACAAGAAAAAGCAAAACUCCUUUGUGGCUGAAGCCAUGCUGAUCAUGGCUACAGUGCUACACCUGGGCAAGUCAUCGCUGCCCAAAAAGCAGAUCACAGACGACGACGUGGAGCGCAUCUCUUUGUGCCUCAAGGUGCUGGCAGAGUGCCCGCCACUCAUGAACGACAUCUUCAACAAGGAGUGCCGCAAGUCUCUGUCGCACAUGCUCACUGUGCGUCUGGAGGAGGAGAAGCUCUCCCAGAAGAAAGAAUCAGAGAAACGGAAUGUGACAGUACAUGCCGACGACCCCAUCUCCUUCAUGCAGCUAACAGCCAAGAAUGAGACGAGCUCCAAGGAGGACCAGUUCCAGCUCAGUCUGCUGGCCGCCAUGGGCAACACGCAGAGGAAGGAGGCGUCCGACCCCCUCGCAUCUAAACUCAACAAGGUCACACAGCUGACCGGUUUCUCUGAUCCAGUCUACGCCGAGGCAUACGUCCACGUCAACCAGUACGACAUAGUGCUGGACGUGCUGGUGGUCAACCAAACCAGUGACACCCUGCAGAACUGCACACUGGAACUGGCCACAUUGGGUGACCUAAAGCUGGUGGAGAAGCCAUCUCCUCUCACGCUGGCUCCAUAUGACUUUGCCAACAUCAAGGCCAAUGUCAAAGUGGCCUCCACGGAGAAUGGCAUCAUAUUUGGAAAUAUCGUGUACGAUGUGUCCGGAGCAGCCAGCGACAGGAACUGUGUGGUUCUCAGCGAUAUCCACAUUGACAUCAUGGACUACAUUCAGCCAGCCUCCUGUACUGAUGCUGAGUUCAGACAGAUGUGGGCGGAAUUCGAGUGGGAAAACAAGGUUACAGUGAACACCAACAUCACAGAGCUGAACGAUUACCUUCAGCAUAUUCUGGGCUCCACCAACAUGAAGUGCUUGACUCCAGAGAAGGCUCUUUCCGGUGUCUGCGGCUUCAUGGCCGCCAACCUGUAUGCCCGCUCCAUUUUUGGCGAGGACGCGCUGGCAAAUGUGAGCAUCGAGAAACCUAUUCACCUGGGCCCAGACGCACCAGUCAAUGGUCACAUUCGCAUCCGGGCCAAGAGCCAGGGUAUGGCAUUGAGUCUCGGUGACAAGAUAAAUCUCUCCCAGAAGAAAUCUGCCUCAUAAAGCCCAUAGCCUGACAACUAGGAUUCCACUGGAAGUGCUCUGGUGUCCUUCUUUGCUCUAUAUUUCCUUUAUCACUCCUCUCCUGGCUCUUUUGUCCCUCCUGCCUGUCCUGAUUCUUGUACCCACAAAAUGCAUUGUGUUCAGAUAAAGCAGUGAAAUGUGUUAAUUCCUUCACAUUUAAAACACAAUAAGACUCUUAUGUGCUCUCAUGUAUCUGUAAUCAGCUCUAAUAAACAUUGUUACACAUAUGUAA